UCUGCAUUUUUGUCUGUCUGAAUGCUAGGAAGGCGAAAAAAGAUUGAGGAGAAGAAGAUACUGAAGAAAUGUGAAAAUCCAACGAACAUUUUCAUGGCCAACGGAAGUCGAUGCAUAAGGAGUUAUAUUGGGACUCCUUUUUGCCUCGAAACCUCGGAUCAAAAUGCUCAUAGUAGAGAAGACAUCCGACUUCCCGUCAGCUGAGUUCUCUGUGGUGGAGGAUGUGACUCUUCAUUUCACCUGUUUGAUGGACAGGUUGAACGAGCAGCGUCUCUUCCAGCCUGACCUCUGUGAUGUGGACAUAGUGUUGGUGCGCCAGCGCAGUACCUUCCCUGCCCACAAGGGGGUGCUUGCGGCCUACAGCCCCUUCUUUCACUCCCUGUUCUCCCAGAGCAAGCAGCUGCGCCGUGUCGACCUGUCUCUGGAUGCCCUCAGCUCCCAGGGCCUACAGCAGAUCCUUAACUUCAUCUACACCUCCCGUCUGUUGGUCAGUAGCCGUAGCGUCAGAGACGUGCUCAACGCCGCCACCCUGCUGCAGAUGACGGACAUUGCAGCUUCUUGCCGUGACCUCAUCAGCAGCCAAUCGCUAAGGGCCGCGGUAGACAACCUGGCCAAUCAGGAUGGCCUGGGAGAUCCUGAUUCCAUGACAACGACCCCCGGCAGUCAGCUGUACCGGGAGAUCAAGCAGGAGGCAGAGUUAGGGAGGGCAGAGUUAGAGAGGGUGUACACUCGGGAGGGGAACAGCCCUUUCUCUGUGAGGGUGGAGGACGGACAUGGAAAGAGCCAGCAGCAUCACCCUCCCUCCUCCCAGACCUCCUCCCAGUCCCAGGCCAAGCAGUACUACUACCAACAAGAGGACAGGGAGAGUGGGGGAGGAGGAGGGAGGGGUCUGUUUAAGCUGGAGGGGGGCGGGGAGCAGAUCAUCGUAGAGGUCAACCUGAACAACCAGACACUCAACGUCUCCAAGGGGUCAGAGAGCAAGGCUGUCGCCACAUAUACCACCGCCACCGCUAUGUUCACCCAGAGGAACGAGGAGGAAGAGGAGAACAAGGAAAAGGAUGAUGAUGAUGAUGAUGGGCAGGUCGGGGAGGAUGAAGAGGAGGAGGAUGAAGAGCAGAGAGAGAGAGGGGAGGAGAUGGAGAACAGCAGUGAAGAGGAUGAAGAGGAGGAAGAGGAAGAGGAGAACAAUGAUAUGAACAUACCAGCAGAGGAGUCUAUUAUGAUGAACAGGCCUCGUCCGGGGACUAGAACCCUGGAGGUCGCCACAACAACCAUGCGGCAGACCCUUGGUGACGCCACCCUUGCCAACCGUCACCAGGGCAGGAAGAGGAAGCAGAACCCUGAGAGUGUAGGUCAGAUGGUCAGACUGGAGGAGAAGCAACACUUCCCCUGUAAGAAAUGUCCCAGAGUCUUCAACAACCGCUGGUACCUGGAGAAACACAUGAACGUCACUCACAACCGCAUGCAAAUCUGCAACAAAUGUGGAAAACGCUUCCUUCUGGAGAGUGAACUACUACUGCACCAUCAGACCAACUGUGAGAAGAGUAUACAGUGUGUAACGUGUGGCAAGGCCUUUAAGAAGCUCUGGUCUCUCCAUGAGCACAACAAGAUUGUUCACGGUUACGCUGAGAAGAAGUUCUGCUGUGAGAUCUGUGAGAAGAAGUUCUACACCAUGGCCCACGUCAGAAAGCACAUGGUUGCCCACACCAAGGACAUGCCGUUCACCUGUGAGACGUGUGGGAAGUCAUUCAAGCGCGGCAUGUCGCUAAAGGUUCACUCUCUACAACACUCUGGAGAGAAGCCCUUCAAAUGUGAGAACUGUAACGAGAGGUUCCAGUAUAAGUAUCAGCUUCGCUCCCACAUGUCCAUCCACAUCGGACACAAGCAGUUCAUGUGCCAGUGGUGUGGCAAGGACUUCAACAUGAAGCAGUACUUUGAUGAACACAUGAAGACACACACUGGAGAGAAGCCGUAUAUCUGUGAGAUCUGUGGGAAGAGUUUCACCAGUCGUCCCAACAUGAAGCGUCACCGCCGGACCCAUACGGGGGAGAAGCCGUACCCUUGCGAGGUGUGUGGUCAGAGGUUCCGUUUCUCCAACAUGCUCAAAGCGCACAAGGAGAAGUGCAUCCGGGUCAGCAACCCCAUGGUAACUGACAACAACGACUCGCUGGGCGUCGACCCCCCCUCCCCAACUGUUUCUGCGGACCCUGCUGCGAUUGGUCAGGUGGUUUUAGGGGCGGUGCUCCCGGGGGCAAUGCACCACCAUGCCACGCCCCUCUCCCUCCCCCUGAUCCACUCCCUGGGGGGGCUGCCCCACACCCGCCCCCCACCUCCCCCUUUUCCACCCUUCUUCUCUGGCAGGAUGGGCUCCAACAUCUAGCUAACGCACUCCGCUCUGCUAACAGACCAGACCGCUAGCAUCCAUCUACUCUACAACGCUCUGCUAACAGACUGCUAGCAUCCAUCUACUCUACAACGCUCUGCUAACAGACCGCUAGCAUCCAUCUACUCUACAACGCUCUGCUAACAGACUGCUAGCAUCCAUCUACUCCACAACACUCUGCUAACAGACCAGACUGCUAGCAUCCAUCUACUCCACAAAGCUCUGCUAACAGACUGCUAGCAUCCAUCUACUCUACAACACUCUGCUAACAGACCAGACUGCUAGCAUCCAUCUACUCCACAACGCUUUGCUAACAGACGGCUAGCAUCCAUCUACUCUACAACACUCUGCUAACAGACCGUUGGCAUCCAUCUAAUCAACAACACUCUGCUAACAGACUGCUAGCAUCCAUCUACUCUACAACACUCUGCUUACAGACUGCUAGCAUCCAGUCAGCCAACCCCCCCGCCCCCCCUCCCCGGACCCCCUGAAGUACUCAGACUAUCUAUGAGAGGAGGGGGUUUUACGGGAGCAGAGCGAGACAUGGAUGGAAGGAGGAUUCCUUCAUAUAACCGCAUCUUAACUCGGCGUUGGUCUCUGUGUGGAUUCUGCAGUCUGAAGAACAAGGCAUCUUUACUCGGCUCUGGUCUCUGUGUGGAUUCUGCAGUCUGAAGAACAAGGCAUCUUAACUCGGCUCUGGUCUCUGUGUGGAUUCUGCAGUCUGAAGAGGUGAAGGAUCAUAGAGAGGCUUCUUGUAACAUAAACAGUAUAAAUGCAUACACCUACCAUGUGGAAAUGUUUUUACUGUGUGGAAUAUUUCACCUCUGCCCUGGCCGUUGAGAGUUCAGAGGGACUUGUAAAAUGACAACAUACAUUACAUCUGUAGUUUCAUUGUUUUCAUUCUGCUUACCACAAAGCCACACCCUUUAAUAAGACCAUGCUUGUAGCACAAUGUAACAUUGGUCAGAUUAACACCUCCUCCGACAAACUAGUUACUGGUGAGAUUAAUGACCCCUUCUCAUAUUAACUAGCUAUUUACUGGGUUGAUUCUGGGGCAUAAACUCCUCCCCUAGUUGGUCUGUGUGGAAGGAGUUCUCUACAUAAGGUUAUAUGUGGAAUGAUUUUUGUAUGACAGAAGGUUCUAGGUGUUCUGUGUGGAAUUAGUUCUCUACAAAAGGUUCUAGGUGUUCUGUGUACAGUGAGUUCUCUCUGAAAGUUUACCUCUCUGUCCUAACAGAGGUAUAUGGUGCCAGACGUCUCCUGCAGAGCCCUGUCUCUCUCUUCUCCUGAUCCUGACCCUCCUCUACCCUACCCUUCUCUCUCCUCCCCUCCUCUAUCUUCAUCCUCCUCUCUCCCCCAUCUUCAGACGUCUCCUGCAGAGCCCUGUCUCUCUCUUCUCCUGAUCCUCACCCUCCUCUCCCCUCUCUCUUUCCCUCCUCUUCAGACGUCUCCCGCAGAGCCCUGUAUCUCUCCUGUCCUCACCAGACGUUGCCUACAGAGCCCUUUCUCCUCCCUUCUCAUCCUCCUCUCCCCUCUCUCUUUCCCUCCUCUUCAGACGUCUCCAGCAGUGCCCUGUCUCUCUCCUGUCCUCACCAGACGUUGCCUACAGAGCCCUCUCUCCUCCCUUCUCAUCCUCCUCUCCCCUCUCUCUUUCCCUCCUCUUCAGACAUCUCCAGCAGUGCCCUGUCUCUCCUCUCCUCACCCUCUAUCCUCCUCUCCCUGUUCUCACAGUGAAUGGACUCUAUUAGCCAAGCCAUCAGAACAGAACAGACCAACAGGAUAGAACCAUCAUUCUCUUAGCCACCUGAAGAUGAAGCAAACUGUUCUUCUGAUCUGUCUGUUAAAACACGUAUCUGGCAUCGCAAUAACCAACUCCCGUGAGCUCACAUGCUAGUGAGAUUAUUAUAAAGCCUCUAAAAUGAA